AUGAACGUAUUGUCUCCGAUUGCUGUUGGGGCACUUGUCUCUUCUGUCGGAAUAUUCCAUUCCUUGUUGGUUUUCGCUUGUGGAUCAUUGAUCACUCUAAUUCUGAAAUCUAUAUUUCUUUACUCAAUCUAUCAAACUAAUGAAUCUCUUCACUACAAGAGACAACUAUCGUGGCUAGAUUCUGAUUCGUUCAAAUCUCAUUCGUCUACAUCCAUUUCACUUCCAACUGAAGAAAAACGUGGCGUGUUUGCUACUUAUUACUACCAGAAAACAUUCCUCGCUGCAAUCGGAAUGUCACUUUUCUACAAAACUGUUAUGGGGUUCGAUAAUUUGGCUGUUGGAUACGCUAAAAGUUCCUCAGACAUACCAAUUUUCACAAUUGGUGUCUUACGUUCGUAUGGGUCACUGGCCGGAAUGAUGGGAGUAAUUUCUUAUUCAUUAAUGGAAAAACGAAUAGGAUUGAUAAAUGCUGGGUUUGUUGGACUCAUAAUUCAACAAGUGUUUUCAUUGAUUGCGGUAUCAACAAUUUGGAUACCAGGAUCUCCGUUUUUUGAAAAUAAUUCUGAAGAAGGGCAUAGUGUUUUCAUUUUCUUGACUGCAAUUGCAACAGCUAGAUACGGUCUCUGGUGUCUCGAUCUCACCAUCACUCAUUCAAUGCAAAUUCACAUUCCGGAGACGGAAAGAAAUACAGUGUUUGGUUUUCACAUGGCGCUUUGUCAAGCUUUCUCGGUGCCCAAAGAGCUACUGGUGAUACUUUUUCCGGACCCUUCUCAAUUUUAUUCGUAUAUUUUGUCUUCUUACUUUUGUGUUACAAUUGGCCAACUCUUGUUUUGCAUUUACGCACGGAAUAUCCGUUAUGAAUAA